AACAAUUAUUCGGGUCCUAAUUUCUAUUUUCUAAAUUUUCAUUUCUAAAUCAAUACAAUUAUAAAUUAACAAGGCGUGGUCAGAUCACGAUGAAUUAACAACUUCUAUUCCGCUUCAUAACCGCCACCAUGGACGAACUCACCACCACCACAAACGGCACCGGCGCAACCGAAAACGACGACGUAUUAGGAACAACAACAACAAGAAAGAAAAAACUUACAACAAGAAAAGAACUCGGAUCAUUAGUAAUCGGAAAAGGAAAACCGUUAAUUAUCGGAAUGUGCGCCAGUUUAAUCUACUACCACUGCGCCUACCGGAAUUCAAGUAUUAUUUCAUUACUUUCCGACGUAUUCAUCGUCCUUCUUUGCUCUCUCGCCAUUCUCGGCCUCCUUUUCCGUCAAAUGAACAUCCAAGUACCUGUGGAUCCAUUGGAAUGGCAGAUAUCUCAGGAUACUGCAAACAGUCUGUUUGCAUGUUUGGCCAAUACUGUAGGUGCUACUGAAUCUGUUCUUAGGGUUGCUGCAACUGGACAUGACAAACGCUUGUUUCUGAAGGUGGUUGUCAUUCUGUAUGUGCUAUCAGCUUUGGGAAGACUGGUCUCAGGUAUUACUGUUGCUUAUGCUGGCGUGAGCUUGUUAUGUCUGUAUAUUCUUGCUGAAAAUUCAUCAUUGUUUGGCACAUGCUCAUCAAAAUUUUGCUGGAGAAGAGAUAGCCCUAAUGAGGUAACAGAAAGCACAUAGUUUAAAACUCCCUAUAAUUGGGGCGCAUGUUCUGUGAAAUUCAUUUUGUAUUUGUGGCAUUCAAGGAUUCCGGGUAGGUUUGUGUUAGAAAGGCAUCCAACUUCAGAUGUGUCAUUAUGCAAUUCUUUUUUGUUUGUUAGCAGUGAGUGAGAAAUAAAUUUCUUUGGCAAAAUCAUGCCAUGUUGUGUUA